GAUGCUGUUUGUGGUGGGGGUGUUGUUGGUUGCUAUCAUAAGGGCAGAUGAACCAUUUUGUCGCCUGUAUGACACUGCUGAAGUGCCUUUAUUAUCAAAAGAUGGAGAUGUUAUUCUUGCAGGCAUUUUUAACAUUCACAGUCAUGGCACUAACCUGCCUAUAUUUAAAUCCAAGCCUCAACCGACUGAAUGCAAAGAUUUCAAUGAACGAGAAUAUCAAAAUGCCAGAACUAUGAUAUUUGCUAUUGAAGAAAUUAACCAAAAUAAGAAUUUACUACCUAAUAUUACUAUGGGUUAUAAGAUAUAUGAUGCUUGUUCUUCUGUGCAGCUAUCAAUUAAGCAAACUUUAGCUCCAUUAAAUGACCCAGAAGACAAAAAUCCUACUAAUCAUUCCUGUAACAGCAACCAAUCCCCUGUCUUAGCUAUUAUUGGGAUGUCUUCUACAACAUACACACAAGCAGUUGCUUCUAUAACCCAGGCUUUUAUAAUUCCACAAAUAACUUAUUUUUCUACAUGUUCUUGUCUUAGUGACAAAACAAAGUAUCCAACAUUAUUAAGGACAGUCCCAAAUGAUUAUUAUCAAAGCAGAGCCCUGGCCCAGCUUGUUAAACACUUUGGAUGGAAUUGGGUUGGGACUGUAAGAACAGACAAUGAUUAUGGCAAUGAUGGCAUGGCAUCAUUUGCACAAGCUGCUCAGGAAGAAGGCAUUUGUAUUGAAUAUUCUGCUGUCAUAUCCACUGUGAUGACAAGGCAAAAAUACAUUAAAAUGAUACGACUUAUCAAAGAGUCUUCUGCUAAAGUUGUUAUUGCUUUUGUAAGUGCAGUAACUAUGAAAACAUUUCUUGAAGAAUUAGUUUUAGAAAAUGCAACUGGAUUACAGUGGAUAGGAAAUCUUAGCUGGAUGACAAAGCGGCUCCCUGCAAAAGAAGAAUAUUACAGAAUUUUAGGAGGUGCCAUUGGAAUGGCGCUGACCAAUGCAGAAAUUCCUGGCUUAAGGGACUACCUUGUAAAUAUUAACCCUUUAACAAACCCUGAAGAUGUUCUACUGAAAGAAUUUUGGGAAGGGACGUUUAACUGCACUUUGAAUUCUAAAGACGGGAGUAGAAAUAAAUGCAUAGGAUCUGAAAAUUUAAGAGAUGUAAAAACAGAAUACACUGAUGAGCAUGAAUUUAGAGUCCCUAGCUGUACCUACAAAGCAGUGUAUGCUAUAGCACAUGCGUUACACAAUCUGCACCAAUGCAAGAAUGGCCAAGGACCUUUCAUCAAUAAAACAUGUGCAAACAAGAUGAAUCCAGCAUCAUGGCAGUUGCUACGUUACCUGAAAGAAGUGAAUUUCACUACAGUCUAUGGCGAUGCAGUUUACUUUGAUAUAAAUGGUGAACCUGAACAAAGGUAUGAAGUGGUAAAUUGGCAGAAGGGUGAAGGAGGUCUCAUAAAGUUUGUAACGGUUGGCAUCUAUGAUCCUUUUUUGCCUGAAGAAAAGCGCAUUAAAAUGAAUAAUGUCAGCAUUGUUUGGACUGGAGACCAAAAAGAGGUACCUAAAUCUGUAUGCACAGACAGCUGCAGGCCAGGCGCUCGCAAGGCAAUUAGAAAUGGACAACUUAUUUGCUGCUUUGACUGCAUACCUUGUGCUGAAGGUGAAAUAAGUAACAUGACAAAUGCAAUCGAUUGCUUUAGCUGCCCUUUAGACUAUAGAACAAAUUUAGCAAGAACUCAAUGCAUCUUGAAAGACAUUGAAUUUCUCUCCUUUGAAGAGGUCAUGGGCUCAUUACUGGUCCUGUUUUCUUUACUAGGAGCUUUCAUGACCAUAUUUGUUGCAGUCAUCUUCAUCCUCUACCGUGAUACUCCAGUUGUGAGAGCCAACAAUUCAGAGCUCAGCUUUCUUCUACUAUUCUCCUUGAUCCUGUGUUUUCUUUGUUCACUUCCUUUCAUCGGUCAACCAUCGGAUUGGUCAUGUAUGCUGAGACAUACGGCUUUUGGGAUCACCUUUGCACUCUGCAUCUCUUGUAUUCUGGCAAAAACAGUUGUGGUGUUGAUGGCUUUCAGAGCUACGCUACCAGGCAGUAAUGUCAUGAAGUGGUUUGGUCCCCCUCAGCAGAGGAUGAGUGUUGCUUCCUUUACAUUAACCCAGGUUAUAAUUUGCACAGUUUGGUUAUUUUUAUCACCCCCAUUCCCUCAUAGAAAUGUUAAAUCAUUCAAAGAAAAAAUAAUCUUAGAAUGUGAGGUAGGGUCCAUGGUAGCAUUUUGUACUGUGCUCGGUUACAUUGGAUUCCUUUCUGCUGUGUGCUUCAUCCUUGCCUUCCUUGCUCGCAAACUUCCAGACAACUUCAAUGAAGCUCAGCUUAUUACUUUCAGCAUGCUGAUAUUCUGCUCAGUCUGGAUCACUUUCAUUCCGGCUUAUAUCAGUUCACCUGGCAAAUACACAGUAGCAGUUGAAAUAUUUGCAAUAUUGGCUUCUAGUUUUGGAUUACUCUUUUGUAUAUUUGUUCCCAAAUGUUAUGUCAUAUUAUUAAAGCCUGACCAAAAUACUCGAAAGCAUAUAAUGGGUAAAAUGCCCUCAAAAUCACUUUAGGAAGAAAAGUUAAAUUUCUAUACCUUCUAAAUUCAUGUGUGAAUAAAAUAAAACAAG